AUGGCCAAUCCUGUAGGCGAGGACAGUUGGCUGGCCUACCUCGACGAAACCACGCGCACCGCCUCCGAUCUCGAGCAGCGCGUCAAUGCCGUCGAACUCUUCAAGCGCGCCGCCGGCGCCGAGCCCGGCAGCCUGCGGAUAUGGCUUGCCUACUGCAACUACUUCUGGUCUCUCUGGGCCGACAGCCAGUCCGAUGCCGCCGGCUGGUCCGAGGAGGAGCAGAUGAUGGGCCGCGAGCUCUUCUCCUUCGGCUCCGCGUUGGACCUGUGGCAGCAGGGCUACGAGGCCAUCAAGUACCGCAUCAGCGACAGCCAUGUCCUCUGGAACCGCUGGAUAUCGCUCGAGAUGGAGCUGCUGGAGAAGACCAAGACUCCAGAAGGUGUUAAGCGCAUCACGCAUCUCUUCCGCGAUCGGCUCGUCACGCCUCAUCUCACCUGGGACGACACGUCGCAAAUGUACUCGAGCUUCCUGUCGGAAUACAAUCGCGCCGCAUGGGAGGAAUCGAUGAAGGACAUCACUGCGCUAUCCCAGGAAGCAAAGCGCCUCAUGGCGGAGCGAGAUCCCUUCGAGCUCAAGCUGCAACAGGCAGCUCGCGCAGACGAUGUGGAGGCCCAAAAGACCAUUAUGGCCGAAUACCUCGAGUGGGAGACAUCACAUGUCCACGGCGGCCAGGCCAUGGCUGACAUCAAUUUCAAUCUCUGCUGUGGACUCUAUGCCAGAGCCUUGACCGGCGUAUUCGCAUCCGACGAGUCGGUUUGGCACCAGCACAUAGUCUUUCUCUCGUCCUCCUACGCCGACACCAAAGCCCCUGAAUAUCUACUCAAUGCCCUUCGCAGGGCCGUCCAGCAUUGCCCCUGGUCCGGUCGCUUAUGGAAUAGGUUAAUUCUAUGCGCGGAAGAGGCGAAAUUGGACUUCUCUGAAGUGGAGUCAAUCAAGCACGCCGCGACGAGCGAAAACCAGCUGUACAAGCACGGCAUGGAGAGCAUGAUUGAGAUGUAUGUGGCGUGGUGUGGCUUUCUGAAACGAACCGCCAUGGAUGCGAACGCUGGAGAUGAGGCUGUCGAUGUGGCUGAUGUAGGGCUGAGCGCGGCUCUCGAGGACGUCGAGGUCGUCGGCAAAAGGCUUUACGGCAAAGACUUCCAAGGCGACCCCAAGUUUCGACUGGAGCGCAUCUAUAUCCAGUAUCUGACGGAAAAGAAGGGAGCCAUCGACGAGGCGAGAAAGCAGUGGAACAAGCUCGCCAAGGCCCAGAUUCACGCUGACAGCCACGACUUCUGGUUCCGCUACUAUAUGUGGGAGAUGCUCAUCUUCUCUUCCACCAACACGGGCAGCAGCCCCGUGCCCUCUUCUGGCGGCGUCAGCUUCCGGAUACCCACGCUCGCCACCGCAGUCCUUCAGCGCGCUGUCAACCGGCGGACGAUCGACUGGCCCGAGAAGGUGCUGGAGGUCUACAUGCAGCAUUGCAACGACUACGAACUGUCGCAUUCCGUGCGCAGAGCGGCAGAUGUCGUGCAUAAAGCCGAAAGGGCCAUUGCGAAGCGACGUGCUCUCGAGCAAGAGGAGAAGGCCGCCGCGUAUGCUGCCUAUUAUGGCGCGCAGACGACCGAUGGUGACGAGCCGAUGUCCGGGGUGGUGUCCCCAGGCCACUCGAAAAGGAAACGAGAGGACCCGGCAGAUGCUCAGGAGCCUAUCAAUACCAACAAUAAACGCCAAAAGAGCGAGCAUGAAGCGCGAGAGGCGUCGUCUAGCCUUCGGAGAGACAGAGAAAACACCUCGGUGCUUGUUACGAACCUCCCCGCCGAGGUCACCCAGACAAAGCUCCGCCAGUACUUCAAGGAUUAUGGUCACAUUAACAACAUCACAGCGCUUGUUCGGGAAGAAGAUGGUCAAUCGUCAACGGCAAUGAUUGAGUUCAGUACUCCAGAAGAGGCUCAAUCCGCACUACUCAGAGACGGCAAGUUCUUUGGGCAAUCUCAGCUCAGUGUGCGAUCUGCGCAUGACUUGACCAUCUAUGUCACCAACUAUCCACCUGCGGCUGAUGAAAAGUUCAUCCGUCAGCUGUUCCAGGACUGUGGAGAAAUUCUGAGUAUUCGAUGGCCGAGCCUCAAGGUAAACUCGCACCGCCGGUUCUGCUACGUCUCGUUCCGUGAUGGUGAUGCGUCCGCUAGAGCAGUGGCCAAGGACGGCACCCUUCUCGAGGGGAAGUAUAAGCUCGUGGCCAAGUACUCAGACCCCAGUCGCAAGAAAAGCCGCGAGGGUGCCGUUGCCGAGGGCCGAGAAGUCCAUGUUUCGGGUCUUAGCCCCUCGGUAACUGAAGACGAGAUCCGCGACAUCUUCUCCAAGUACGGAACGAUACAGAGAAUCAACGUGCCCCGAAACAUCAAUGGCAAGGGCCGGGGAUUCGCCUUCGUCGUCUUUGAAACCAAGGAUGAAGCUGAAAAAGCUGCGUCAGAUCUAAACAAGACCAAGUUCCAGAACCAAAUCAUCCAGGUCGAGGUUUCAAAGCCCUCCAUUGUGAAACCCACGGCUCAUGCCGUAGCCCACGAUCGCGCGUCUCCGGCAUAUCAAGCGACCGACGACGCUGACGGCGACAAGGCGUCAAAGCCCUCGGCUGCUGAUAUUGCCGCGCGCACCAUCGCCCUCAUGGGUCUGCCCGACACUGUCAACGACGCCCGGGUGCGGGCGCUUGUUGAGCCGUUCGGCCCCAUUGUCAAGCUCGUUUUGCAGCCUGGCCAUGGCGGUGCAAAGAUUGAGUUUGCCGACUCCUCUGUGGCGGGCCGGGCAAGCCUGCAGUUGGACAAUGUCGAGUUUGAAGGCCACAAAUUGCGCGUCGGGUCCGUCGACGAGCUCCGUCACGCAAAAGCUGGCAGAGUCCCAGAUCGCAUCGUCCCGCGCAAGCAAGACCCAGCGAGUAAGGGCAAGGACAAGCCGUCCGAGAGUAGCACAGCCAAGGGUUUCACGCCCACGUCGGUCAAUGUGAGGCGGCCGACGCUGGGAAGACCGGGUCCAAAGCGCGGACUGGGCUUUGUUGCCCCGAAGGCGUCAUCUGUGGCGAAUGCCAAAACUGGACAAGGACAAGGGGAAGGAGGACAAGACGGAAAGCCAGCCCCCAAGAGCAAUGCAGACUUCAAAGAGAUGUUCCUAAGAGGCUCGAAGCCGGAGAGUAAACCCGACGAGGCUGAUUAG